AUGUCGGCCAAGUACAUCAUCGCCGGUCUAGCUGCUUCCUUCGCGAUCGCGUAUGCUUCCGAUGUCGUGGUGGCACAGAAGAAGGUUUUUGGAGGCACGACACCGAGGACGGUGGCGGACAAGGAGUGGUGGCAGGCGACGGACAAGAAGUUCCAGGCGUGGCCUCGCACCGCGGGCCCGCCGGUGGUCAUGAACCCCAUCAGCCGCCAGAACUUCAUCGUCAAGGAUCUCAAGCCCUGA